CUCUCUCAACCUCACCUGAGUCACCUCACUCUCAGUCUCACUCUGUCUCUCUCGUCUCGACUCGUCUCCUUCGCCAACCCAAAAUCGAGCUUUGCUUCACAACACACUCCAGUGGCUUCCUUCACUGUCCCUUGUCCCAUGGCGUGCUCCACCCCAGUUACCCGCCUCGGGUCCUCCCCCCAGCCGUCGCAACUGCAUCAGCACCUAUUCUCCUUGCAAAAUUGCCUCAAUCGCUGCCUCAUUCCAUAUAUGUAGAUUUUUGGCCUUCGGGUUGGCUUAAUUCCGCAUACCCUUUACUUUUUAAAGCUUUGUUUCUAUAAAUUUCAUUGCUUUUUAUUUUUUCAUGCUUUAGUUUUGUAUUCUGCUCAAAUGGGUAUUGUUUGUAUAGGUUGUACAAUUUCAUUUCUAAAACUUCUUUAAUUUUUUCAAACCGUACCGAAAUAUCGAAAUAUUUUCGGAAAUCUCAAAAUUUGGGUUCAGUUUGGGUCACCCAUCCCGAAAAAGAUUGGCUCGGGUUUCGGAUUAUGCUUUUCGGUUCGGGAACCCGACCCGCCCGUUUUCAACAAUUCGAGUGGAGAAAGACGGUCCUCGGACAUUGGAAAGUUCGAGAUCCCCGCACAACACAAAUACAAAGCGAUUGUCUCAAAACCAAGUCACACACAGAGAAAGACUGAGAGCAAGCAAGAAAAAUGAGACCCAACAUUGUUUCCGAGGCGGGACUGCAAACUAGGUUGCGGCUAUGGUGGGAGAGCAUUCCUUUCCUUACUUCUGCGGUGGUUGGUGUGUGCGCAACUAUUUACUUGGUUUGCCUCCUCGUUGGAUACGACUCGUUUUACCAAGUAUGCUUUUCGCCCUCUGAUGUUGUAUCCAAAUUCCAAGUCUACAGGAUUUUCACCUCCAUUAUCUUCCAUGGUUCAGUGCUGCAUGUGUUGUUCAACAUGAUGGCAUUAGUUCCUUUGGGUUCUGAGUUGGAGAGAAUCAUGGGAACUGUCCGCUUAUUGUACUUGAUCAUUCUUUUGGCCAUAAGCAAUGCAGUGUUACAUCUUCUGAUUGCGUUUUUGGUGGCCUAUAAUCCUAUUCACUCUUAUCAGUACCUCAUGAAUGAAUGUGCAAUAGGCUUCUCGGGAAUCUUGUUUUCUAUGAUUGUUAUAGAGACAAGUCUGAGUGGACACCAGUCUAGAAGUGUGUUUGGACUCUUUAAUGUGCCUGCUAAAUGGUAUGCAUGGAUCUUGCUGGUAGUGUUCCAAGUUGUUAUGCCAAAUGUUUCUUUACUGGGACACCUAUGUGGCAUUUUGUCAGGCUUUGCUUAUACUUACAGCUUAUUAAAUUUCCUCAUUCCGGGAACAUCCUUCUAUUCUAAAAUUGAGGCCUCCUCAUUGUUUUCAAGUUGUGUGAGGCGGCCUAAAUUUAUUGUGUGCACUGGUGGGAAUCCUUCAGCCUUCAUCCCUACAUAUUCAACCCAAGGUACACCAUCUAGUGGAUUCUCUUCUGGAAGUAUCUGGAGAAACUUGUCUCCGUGGAUCCCACGUAGGGAAACAUCUGUACAGUCAGCACAAGACGGUCACAGGUUUCCUGGGAGGGGAAGAACACUUGGAUCUGGUCAAAGUACUGUUUCUGAUGCGGAUUCAGAAUCAAAUUUACAGGCUAGACUCUUGGACAAUAGCAACUCAGAACGUCCAUCAGAUGUGGCAGUUAUUGGUACAGGACAGCAGUUAUCUGAUGGAAGGCGGGCAACACUAAAUAGUGCAGCAGCAGAAAUUCCUGUACACCACCAGAUGCAGGAUUAUGUUGCUUCUGAAGAAGAAAUCAAAAAGCUUGUGUCAAUGGGUUUUGAGAGGACACAGGUAGAAGUUGCCCUAGCGGCUGCAGAUGGGGAUCUUAACGUGGCAGCGGAAAUUCUGAGCCAACAGGGCUAAAUGCAAGCAAGCAAAUUAGCUAACUCAGUGACUUCCCAAAGUAAAGGAUCGCGUUUAUGUAAAUUCCCAUGUCUGCUACUGUAUAUUGUUUUAGACCCGUACCGUGAAUAUUUGAUUGGGGGAGAAAAGAUUGUGAAUAUGGGAUAUGACUACACACACUGACAUAGCAUCUGUUAAAAUGAAAGCAUUGAAAUGGUUUACAA